AAUAUUACAACAAAUUUCGUAAAAUUAUAAUCUUUUUCGACGGCCGGACACCUCUCAAUCUUCAUGGCCAGUUUCCGGUAUUUCCUUGCUGCAGUGGUAGGUGUCACUAUUUUGGCUGUUGCAGAAGGAUUGCAAUGUCUGCAAUGUACUGGAGUGUCAUUCCCUCAAGACUGCACCACUGUGGUUAACUGUUCAGACCAUUACCGAUGUUUUACAGAUUUCUAUGUGACAGAACAAGGGUUUCUAUAUUACGACUUGGGAUGCCGAAUAGAAGAUACUUGUAGGGUACUAAAUGGCCGGAAACGAGCAGUGACACAGCCUGUCAAGAGGCAGUUUGAAAACCUCCAUCUUUGCGAGGAAUGUUGUACGAAAGAAUUCUGCAAUAGAGAUGGAUGUCCUGACAAAACCGUGAACAUGGUCAACGGCACCGUCUGUUUUAAAUGUUCUGAUGCAGCUAACCCUGGAACAUGUGAAAAAGUGGAUGUCUGUAAUUACGAUGAGACUUGUCUAGCGACAUUGGUCCUUACAGAAUUGUUUCAAGAGCGGUAUCAACUUCGAUGUGAGAAAAAACACGUGUGUCAGGAUUCUGUAGGAGGGCAGUUUCAUGGACAUCCUAAAUCGUUACCUAUUGCUUUCGGUAAGAGACAGUUCCAAUUUCCCCUAACGGAAUGCCAAUACUGCUGUGACGACAACUUUUGUAACAACAAAGAAUGCGUGAAAGGAGCACCUACAACAAAACAGCCCACUACUACAACAACUCAUAAAAUAACAACUCACAGGACAACCCAUCCUUCAACACAUCCUACAACCCACCCAACGACUCAUCCUACACACCCCAAAACACAUGUCCACGUGACCCAUCCCACGACAACAACAGCAAAACCAACUCACAGAACCCAUCCCCCGACCACCACAACUCACAAAACCCACCCAACAACCACCACAACUCAUAGAACCACGCCUAGGACUACCACAACAACCACCCACAAAACAACAACGACGACUCAUAAAACAACAACAACGACUCACAAAACAACAACAACAAAAUUAACGACAACCACAACAAUCCCGGUGUGUGGUCCAAAGGCAGCAGAUAUUGUUUUCGUUUUGGAUGCUUCAGAAAGUCUGAGCCGUGACGAUUUCGAAAUUGAAAAGGAAUUUGUUUACAAUUUCACUAAAAAGUUUAAGAUUGGCCGGGACAAUGUUCAGUUUGGAUGUAUAACUAUUGGGGAUACCGUACGAAAUGACUUUUAUUUAAACACCUAUCAUGAUAGAAAUCAGCUUCUGCAUAAAAUUCAAAGUCUCACGUUCUUGAUGUCUGGAACCAACACAGCAGAGGCUUUGAAAUUUGUGAGGGAAAACGCAUUUUCUCACAGCCAUGGUGGGCGUCAUUCUGCUUCUCGAAUUGUGGUCGUUUUAACCGACGGUAAAUCCAAAGAUACAAACCAAACGAUAGCAGAAGCCAAGCAUUUGCAGCACCAACACACUACUGUCCAUGCGAUCGGGAUCGGAAGUCUGGUAAAUACUCAAGAAUUGGCGGCAAUUGACUCAAAUGGUAAACCUGGCACAGUCAGUGGAUUUGAUGUACUUCAUACAAUGGGAGAUUACCUCAUGGAAAUCGCUUGUCCUGGCAGUCAUACAGGAACACAUGGUGAUUCAGGUGCACAUGGACACCCCGUACUUGUUGGUUAAUCUAAUUUUUCUCAAAUCUUCGAAUAAAUAUGAAAAUUGUAUUUUGUCAA